CGGGAAGCGUGUGUGUUCAAAUCUCAAAUAUAUUUCGCGCGAUUUUGUUUUUCAAAAGUUUUCAAUGCUGUGUUCUGUUUUCAUAUCGUGUCGGCAUUCGUGUCGCGAAAUGGUUUAACGAGAUGUGCCACACAUUGUGUUAAAAGUGUUCGCACGCGCAUCGCAUGAGCCAAAGUGAUGUGCACUUUUUGUUUUGUGUAGAAAGUGAUUUCAUCACAAGGGAUUACAGUGAUUGAUAUUGUUGGAAUACACACGUGAGAAUCUCUACAUUAAAUCGAUCGAUCAAAUCCAAAAUGUCGGCUACCGCAACUCGCCACGUGAAAGCUUCAAACUCAGCAAACAUACUGAUGUGCAAGCAAUGGUGGAAAGUGUGCUGGAUGUAUGGAGACCAGGAGAAAUAUUAUAGACAGUUGUACGGUAGAAGAAAACUCAACAAUAUCAACGCAGACAUCCUUAAUUUUGAUAUGGAUGUAAAACGUCCUGGUGCACAGAUUACCGAGCUCACUGAUGAUUUUUUUGAAGAUAACCAAAAUCAUGAAAUAGAACCGGCCCCAGAUGAAGCUAAUACCGCAAACAGUCCAAAAGAUUACACAUUUGGUGUUGAAUCCGAACCUAUAUACGGGUUUGACGCCCAAACCACCUGGCAAAGAGACCAAAGAAGACAACCUAUACAACAAAACUACGACGAAUAUAUAAACACGGCUGAUCUAGACCAAAUUUUAGGGACAAGUUUAAGUGGUAAUAGUAUAAAAAGUAUGUUAGAAAACGGGUUACCUCUCCAAUCUAAAUCUAAACCUCAACUUAUAGAUUCUAAGGAAGAGAUUCUUAGGAACGGUAAUACAUUCGGUAAGACAUCUAAGACAGUAUGUAGAACUAGAAAGGGGGCUUUAGUGACGGAGGAGUCGGAGAUAUCGACUGAUGGGAAGACUCUGGCUAAUUUCAAAUUUCAAAGGUCGACUGUGAAGACGGGUCCGAACAAAGUGAAGGAAAGUUUGCAGCCGUUGAAGGAGGAUGCAGUGUUGGAUGAGUGCUUGAGGAAAAAGUGCGUCGGUGACCUGCUGACGACGACCACGACUACGCUGGUGACGGUGUCGCAAACAUCGGUCACGUGCUGCAAUGAGCCCGUCUGCCGCAACUGCGUAGUGUCCCCGACUGGUUCGUCACCACCACCGCUGCACGAGAACGCAUCAUCACCACCGCCGCCGGCCCCAUCAUCACCGAUCACAUCACCUCGUCUCCUACCCCCUCUCCCUUCUCCCCAGCCAAGCCACAGCUCAUCAGCCAGCCAAUCGAAUUCACCGCACCCUUACUCCUACCCAAACUUCAGAAGAAGUCAGCCGGUUCAAAGUCAAAACUACUCGGAAUACAACCUCCUUCAUAGUCAUAGUGUAUCUCAAUUGAACCAGCCUGGACAAAGCUACCAGUCUCCUCAGUCUCCCCAGUCAGCCAUGUCGCUGUCCCCUCAUCCCAUUCCUCAAGGGAAGUUUAGAGGACUACUGGAGCAUGCGGAGAGAUUGAUGAAACCAGGAGACCCUCAUCGGCAUUCUCAGAGCGACGAUGAUUCAGGAUGCGCACUGGAAGAGUACACGUGGGUGCCGCCUGGACUAAGACCAGAACAGGUGCACCUGUACUUCUCUGCGCUGCCUGAGGACAAGGUUCCGUACGUGAACAGCGUGGGCGAGAGGUACCGGCUCAAGCAGCUUCUUCAGCAGCUACCCCCUCAGGACAAUGAGGUGCGAUACUGUCACGCGCUGUCAGACGAGGAACGCAAGGAGCUACGGCUGUUCAGCGCGCAGCGGAAGAGGGAGGCGCUGGGACGCGGCCAGGCGCGGCAGCUGCACGCGCCAAUCGCCUGCGAGAGGUGCGAAGAGAGCAUGUCAGCCGGGGAUAUGUGCGUGUCAGCAGCGCGGGCAGGACCUUCAGCUCGAUGGCACCCGGCCUGCUUCGUGUGCAGCUCGUGCCAGGAGCUGCUGGUAGACCUGGUGUACUUCUGGCGGGACGGCCGGCUGUACUGCGGCCGCCAUCACGCUGAGACGCUCAAGCCCAGGUGCUCGGCUUGCGACGAGAUAAUCCUGGCGGACGAGUGCACCGAGGCGGAGGGGCGCGCGUGGCACAUGAAGCACUUCGCAUGCGCCGAGUGCUCGCGGCAGCUGGGCGGGCAGCGAUACAUCAUGAGGGAGGCGAGACCCUACUGCCUGCCCUGCUUCGACGGCUGCUUCGCCGAGUAUUGCGACGCGUGCGGCGAGCCCGUCGGCGUCGACCAGGGCCAGAUGUCUCACGAGGGCCAGCACUGGCACGCCACCGAGCGCUGCUUCGCCUGCCACACGUGCCGCGCCAGCCUGCUCGGCCGACCCUUCCUGCCACGCAAGGGCGCAAUAUUCUGCUCUAUUGCUUGCUCAAAAGGUGAACCUCCAACACCGUCAGACUCCUCUGGACCGGGCCCGCGAGCGGCGAGAGGUCCGCGACCGAGAAAAGCUCCAUCCCCGAAAUCGCCGCCUCGAACGCCACAAAGAGAACCGUCACCUCCUAUCGACGCGGAUUCGGAGCCCAGCUGUUCCUUAGCGCCGGAAUCCCCACCGCCACAUCCCCCGCCUCCGCCGCACGCUUGCCUCAGUCUCGACAGAGCCCUAGCAGACCUUCGCAUGGAGCAAUCCAUGACGGAGCACCAGAUACAGCCGUCGCCUACUUCGGAAGAACCCAGGGAGGACGAGACACCCGAAGAUUGGAAACCGCCGCAUCCGGUCGAGGCUCAAGCCGUAGUCACUCCUGGACAUUCUUCCUCGAUGCCAGAAUUAACUCUAGUAGAUGGGAAGUCGUCUAGAAAACCCAGAGGCGGGAGGACCGUUCGGUUUUGUGGGGAUGACAACGAAGCCUUUGAGCCCGACGAGCCCACCAGAAAAGAGAAAGUGCGAGAUGAGGACGCGAGCAGUUACUGCAGUACGUGCUCGUCGUCGUCAUCCUCCGCGGAAUCCUACACGCUGCCGACUAGAAGAGCGUACGGUGGAGUUAGGAUAUCGUACGUGCCCAACGACGCGGUGGCCUGUGCCAAGCGCGAGAGACAGAGGAAGAACGCGCAGAACGAUAAGAACUGUAUCAUAUCGUGAUCUUGGGUUCUCCUAGUGCCCCAUGAGCCCUCCUAGUGACAUCUCCGAUGAAAAGACUGACUAAUAGUUCUUCAUAGCCCCUAAAAGCCAUAGUAUUUUAAGACAACCGUUGCAAGAAUAAUCGUCUUCCAUUCACUUUCGCUUUGAGAAUUUGGACAUCACACCAAAUGGGUGCGCUGUUGUAGAAAGGUGUAAGUAAUGAAUUAGCGAAAUACCAGGUGUCAGGAUGCCCGCGUCGCGUGUCAUUAAUUGUGUUGUGACGCGCGAGCAGCGGGCGUCCGCUUUUGCCAUGAAAGCUUCAAUGAUCGUCGUAUCAAAGAGUUUUCGACAAAUUUGUUUGUAGUGAUUUGGGUUUAAUCGCUUUUAAAUGUGUCGCGUACGUCAUUCAAUCGAUUAUGCCUUUCUACGCCUAAUGAUGGAUCCCCACUAUGCCUCUCUUUCUUACCCUUGGGGCGCUAUAGAAAUAGCUGUUAAUAUAUUAUUACGACGUCAGCUUUAAAUUAUUUGGAAGUAAUAUAUAUGAAUCGCAAUAAUGUUCGCUUAAUCAAUAACAUAUCUAAAGCUUUGUAAUAUUAUCAUAUCUUGUUUAAAAAUGUAUUUUUAAGACAUAUCCCACUUUGCCACUUAGACGCGUAAGUUAUAGGUAGGUACUGAAUUAAUAAUGUAAUAAAAUUGUGUAAAUGAAAAUUUAAGUACAAAUCUAAUCUAUUGUUUUGUAUCGCGUGUGUUCACAAUGACAUUGUAAAUAAAAAGUUAAGAGUUUAAGAUUGCCUUAAAUGUAACAUUGUAAAAUUAAUUAAAAAUGUAUCAUUCAACGUUCAAGAAAAUAUAACCGUAGUAAACUUUUUAAAAAUUAAUGUAGAUAUUGAAGAUAAAAAAUGCUCAAUAAAGAAGCUCAUUGUAAGUAGAACAUCAAUUACUUUGCAAUAUUUUUAUAGCAGAGACAAUAAACUCUAUCAAAAUAAAAUGUUGCGAAGCAUCAAAAUAUUCUCAUAGGCACAGUAUUUGUAAACACGAUGUGUAAAGAACGA